CAUAUUUAAUUGGGUAAAUAUGGAGAAUCUCCUUGAGCGUUUGACAAACAUCGAGCCGAGGCACUUCACACCAGUCAUUUCCUCAGUGUAUCUGACCUCCUUCUUCCUACUUACAGCUACAUGCUUGCGCAAGGUUCAGCUCUGCUUUAUGCACAAAGCUGAGGGCACAGGCAAUUAUGAGAGGAAUUGUUUUAAUUUUUAUACUUUACUGGUACGGUAUUCCUGUUUCAAAAGCCAGUGAAAAAUGCACUUUUGCAGCUUUAGGAGAUAAUUUUACCAUCCCACUGGAAUACAAAGAACUCAGAGAAGAUCAUGAAUUGAUCUGGAAGAAAAAUUCAGAAAUAGUGCAUAAAAGGAAGAAAAGCAGCGUCCAAAGAAAUACAAUACAUGUAAACAAAUACGGCUCCUUAGAGCUAAUUGAUCUGAAAAUGACUGACUCAGCAAAUUAUUUAGCAGAGGUAUAUGACAAAGAAGGAAAAUUCCUUAUUAUGGACAAGAAAUGCCUUCAGGUCAUUGAAAAAAUUUUAUCAAAGCCUCAAAUUCAGCAGCCUGAUUGUAGCAAGUCAAAACUGACCCUGACUUGUUUUUUGGAAAAACCUAAUAAUGUGAAGUAUGUCUGGCAUAAGAACAAGAAAGAAGUGAAAGAAACUACCAAAACUCUGACUGAAGAAAAAAAAACAUUGAAAAGCAGCGAUACGUUUUCAUGCAACGUCUCGAAUGAAGUUGGUUACCAGAUGAGUGACGAUAUCACAAUCAAAUGUGGAGGUGACAAACUGUUUGGGUUGGAUUUUUGGAUCAUGGUAGCCAUCUUGGUGAUAGGAGGGGGUCUUAUUCUUAUUCUCAUCUUGGUCAUGGUGGUGUAUCUCUGUCGGCGACAUAAACAAAAGAAGGAUCGAGAGCGAGAGGAAGAGGAGCUUCGGCUGAUGCACAUGACGCAGCAGGCCCACCCCCCCAGGCCGCAAGAGGCCCCCAGGGGCCACACAGCUCCCUACACACACCCACAGAAUGGAGAGGAUAACACCCCGGCCCCCCCCAGGCCCAGAGCCAAACGGCCCAGGCCUCCGCCAGUGCCGGUCGCAGAUGAGGAGAAACCCCCACCACGGCCAAAGCCACGGCAGUCAGCGCCCCGCCACAACCGCACUUAGUUCCCCACCAAGCAGCUGCCAGAGCAACUUCAUUGGCACCUGCUAGAUACAUGAUUCAAAAUAACCUUGAAAGGAAAGUACUAUAUGUCUUUUGUUUUAAAUAACUGCAGAAGUAUUUGUGCCACAGAACAAAUGUGUGUGUGUGUGUGUGUAAUAUGCAUUCAUAUACAGUCAGGUCCAUAAAUAUUGGGACAUCGACACAAUUCUAAUCUUUUUGGCUCUACACACCACCUCAAUGGAUUUGAAAUGGAAUGAACAAGAUGUGCUUUAACUGCAGACUUUCAGCUUUAAUUGAGGGUAUUUACAUACAAAUUAGGUGAACGGUGUAGGAAUUACAGCAGUUUGUAUAUCUGCCACCCACUUUUAAAGGGACCAAAAGUAAUGGGACAAUUGGCUGCUCAGCUGUUCCAUGGCCAAGUGUGUGUCAUUCCCUCAUUAUCUAAUUUACAAGGAGCAGAUAAAAGGUCUAGAGUUCAUUUCAAGUGUGCUAUUUGCAUUUGGAAUCCGUUGCAAAAUAUUGUCCCAAUAUUUAUGGACCUGACUGUAUAUAUUUUUUACAGUGUUUGGUGUAUAUAAGAAUGAAUAUUGUAUUACAUAUUUUUGCAUGAGAGUUAACGAUUCAUGACAGAGACAGAGGCAUUGUUAACCCAUAAAAUUUAACCAGCUUUGUUUUUUCGUCUCAAAUAUAUAUAUAUAUAUAUAUAUA